GAAACAGUAAGCAUCCAGCAGGAAGUACUGGACUAAGGAUAUUGAGGAACUUAUCAUUUUUCUUUUAAUUGGAUUAAAAUCUUCAAGUGAGCAGUGGUAUGCUGGCUGGCUCACUUCUGAGAAAGUUUAUGGCCAGAAGCUUUUCAACGACAGAACCCUUCUCAAAGCCGUGUCACAUUCUUGAGAAAACUUGAAACUUCUCUGCAUCAUUUUGUAAAGAAAUAAAAAUGGUUGCAGUGAAACCGACCGACUUGGUGCCCUCUGCGGGCAUUAAGUUCUUUGGAGCAGGCACGGCAGCCUGCAUUGCUGACCUCAUCACCUUUCCUCUGGAUACGGCCAAAGUCAGACUACAGAUCCAGGGCGAGUCUCAAAAGGUUGAAGGAUCCGGUGUGGUGAAGUACCGGGGUGUGUUCGGAACCAUCAAAACCAUGGUGCGCACAGAAGGAGCCAGGAGUCUUUACAACGGACUGGUAGCCGGUCUCCAGAGGCAGAUGAGCUUCGCAUCUGUUCGGAUCGGCCUUUAUGACUCCAUGAAGCAAUUCUACACUCGAGGCACAGAGAGUGCUGGGAUUGUUACCCGACUCAUGGCAGGCUGCACCACAGGAGCCAUGGCUGUGGCUUUUGCACAACCAACAGAUGUGGUGAAGGUGCGUUUCCAAGCCCAGGUGCGAGUGGCUGAUGGGGAGAGGAGAUACAACAGCACCCUGGACGCCUACAAGACAAUUGCCAGAGACGAAGGAGUUCGGGGACUUUGGAGAGGCUGCAUGCCAAACAUCACCAGGAAUGCCAUUGUAAACUGUGCAGAACUGGUCACCUACGACAUGAUCAAAGAACUCAUUUUGAAGUAUGACCUAAUGACAGACAACCUGCCCUGCCACUUCACAGCUGCCUUUGGUGCUGGCUUCUGCACAACUGUAGUAGCGUCUCCAGUAGAUGUGGUUAAAACACGGUUCAUGAACUCAGGAAAUGGACAGUACACCAGCGCCAUCAACUGCGCUCUGACGAUGCUGAGAAACGAAGGACCUGCAGCCUUCUAUAAAGGAUUCAUGCCUUCUUUUCUGCGUCUUGGAUCUUGGAACAUUGUCAUGUUUGUGACAUAUGAACAAAUUAAAAGGGGUAUGACCAGAGCACAGCAGUACUGGGAGUCACCGUUUCAUUUCUGCAAGAUCUUCUAUGGAAAAACAAGGAAGCUGGUUUAUAGCUGGAACAACGUUCAGCCAAAGAGACACCUUCAGAGAAUCCUGAUCUUCUGUGUUUCUGUCGCACUGACUGUUCCAGUAAAGCCAGUGGAUGUGCCUCCAACAGCAGCUGUUAAGUUUGUGGGUGCAGGAACUGCAGCCUGCAUUGCUGACCUGCUCACCUUUCCCCUGGAUACUGCCAAAGUGCGGCUGCAAGUCCAAGGAGAGACCAGCAUCUCUGAAGCAAUGGGGAAAGUUCCUGCAGUAAAAUAUCGGGGUGUGUUUGGUACCAUCAUCACCAUGGUGCGCACAGAGGGGCCUUUGAGUCUUUACAGCGGGCUGGUUGCAGGGCUCCAGAGACAGAUGAGCUUCGCCUCUGUCCGCAUUGGUCUCUAUGACUCUGUUAAGCAGUUCUACACUAAAGGAUCUGAUCACGUCAGCAUCGGCAGUCGUCUGCUUGCGGGAUGUACCACAGGAGGAAUGGCUGUGGCUCUGGCUCAGCCCACAGAUGUGGUGAAAGUCCGUUUUCAGGCACAGGCCAGGUCUAAUGAGUGCGCAAGGCGCUACUGUGGCACCAUUGAUGCUUAUAAGACCAUUGCUAAGGAGGAAGGCAUCCGUGGUCUCUGGAAAGGCACAGGACCCAACAUUGCCCGCAAUGCCAUCGUUAACUGCACAGAGCUGGUGACAUAUGACUUCAUUAAGGAUUUCCUCCUCACCUCCACUCCCCUGUCUGACAACCUGCCUUGCCACUUCGUAUCAGCCUUUGGUGCCGGAUUAUGCACAACUGUGAUCGCUUCCCCAGUGGAUGUGGUCAAAACCAGAUACAUGAACUCCGUUCUCGGCCAGUACAGCAGCGUCCUCAACUGUGCUGCUGCCAUGAUGGCCAAAGAAGGUCUGCUUGCCUUUUAUAAGGGCUUCAUGCCAUCGUUCUUACGGCUGGGCUCCUGGAACGUGGUGAUGUUUGUCACAUACGAGCAGCUGAAGCGAGCUUUGAUGGCAGCGAAUCACAGCUGAACAGCUUUAUUAUAACCACUGAAGCUUACCUGAAGGCUGCUACUGGAAAACAGCUGCCUUCCAUUUAGCUUUCUUUCAGUGCACACUUCGGCUCAUACCUAAUGCAGUAAACCUUUUUUAAAGUUUUUGGGAGUGCCACACAUUUAGCUAAACUAGUGUGAAUAUUUCAGAUUUAGAGCUUGUUUGAUCAGAUGCUUGCUUUCAGCGCAGAGCUUUUCUGGGAAUUCAAUGUCAAAGGUGAGGAUGAGGCUUCCUCUCUGGGUCGGAUCCUGCGGCAGCGGCAUUCCCUCUCCACUCAGCACUUUUUUGUACGACUGGCUGGUUCAUCAUGGGGAAAAAAAGAAAGUGGUGCUGAUAUUAAAACAUACACUUGACGCUGAGUGGCUGUAUUUUUGA